UAGUCUUGUCUCUCCCUGUGUUCGGUGUUGGUUCAUUGUUUGUCUUUCCUGUCUUCCUCCAUGUUGGUCACGAAUAUGACUUGAAGAUGAGCUGUCCUCAGGCUGAGUUAGAGGAGAAGGACUGCCCUCAACCAGAGGAAUUAGAGUGUAAAAUCUGUUACCAACGCUACAAUGCCCACAACCGCAAGCCUAAGAUCCUGGACUGCCUUCACCGGGUCUGUGCCCGCUGCCUCGGUAAAAUCCUGGACAUUGCUGAUGGGGCGGCCUUCAUCUCAUGCCCCUUUUGCCGACACCAAACUGAGAUCACAGAAUACGAGGUGUCAGCCCUCCCUGACGAUGUUAUCAUCAUGUCCCACUUGGCGAUGCGGGACAAAUCCUGGAGCUCCGACCAUAAGGAGGUGGUCCUGACUCCUACGAGUUUCUCCUCAUCAAGCCCGUCCCAUGACUCAUCAAACUGCCUGGUCAUCACUAUAAUGGAAGUGCAGAGGGACUUGCAGCACUCCCCCAGUCGAAAUGGCAGCUCCGACAUCUAUGCCGAGCAGAGCCUGGACUCCGUAUCAAUGGGCUCCAAUGGACCGGCUGAACAGGACGCCCUGUCCAAGUUGUGUAAUCAUGUCCCACGUAUCCUGGUCUGGCUGCUGGGUUUCUUAUACUUUGGCUCACUGCCUCUAGGAAUCUAUUUAUUGGUGAUCCAGAGAGUGACCCUGGGCAUUGUAUGUGUUAGUCUGGUGCCAUCAAGCCUGACUGUUUGUCUGGUCUAUGGGUUCUGCCAGUGUCUGUGCCAGGGCAUGUGUGACUGCUCCACCAGGGGCUGAUAGGAUGCUACUCAAGAACUGGUGUUUGUAGGAUGGAAUAAUGUCAGCUCCAGGUAUUUUGUGUGUUUUGUGAACAGAUAGGGGGCCUUUAUGUAAAUAUGAUGCCCUUUCCUAAACAUACUUUUCAUGCCUAACAGUACAUUUUGUUCAUGCAAAUAAUGGGCCAGUAAAGAGACCCAAUGCCGCCUUUAGCAUUGGACCGUGCUUUUGUUUGUUAGUUGAGCACUGCAACUCAAAAACAGUUUGGCAAACAGGAACAUAGCUCCUUGCAAGCUGUGUUAGUACAUAGGAGUAGUGCCUGUAGGUAGAUUUCUGUGAUGUAUUUCUGUAAUCUUUAUUUGUUUUUUGCUGUGUGUAUUAGUCAAACAUUACGUUUGAGAGCAGACCUUUAACCUUUGACUUGCAUAACAACAGCAGUUACAGAGUCCUGGGCCCUCAUUUAUCAACAUUGAAUCAAAGGAAUUCUUGAAAGUUAUCCUUUUAAAAUAAUACGUGGGAUAACAUUUGACAGACAGAAUAUGUCAUUGUGAUCAGUUAAUUUAAACUAUAUGUAAGCAAGGUAGAAAAUUGUAGGUUCCCAAUAACAAAAAGGGAGGAAAAAACAAAGUCCACUUAAAAUAUUGCUCAUAUAAUAUUUUGUAUUGUUCACUUUUAUUUCUCAUUUACCAUUAAAGGUAGAACUACAGGUUACCAAAUGUCUUCUCUCUGUUAAGCUAAACGCAAAUAAACGUUGAAAGCAUGUCAUAUUGUGAUACCUGCCUUGCCAUCAGCUUCUAGGAAUGUAGAAAAAGCAUUGGUACACUGAUAUCUUGAGGGUUUCAAGGUGUCAGUCUGUUAAACAUGUUGAUAUAACCUCUCUAUUUUCUGGUUUGGGGAUAUGUAAUAAACAAUGAAUGAAUUAGAAUUUGCAAGAAUAGCAACUUUCUAAAUUCUGUGUGAUAUUACAAGUAAUACUACAGGAAGAGACUAAGCAUUGUACCGGAUUAGCAAGGAAAACAAUUCGACCUAUAUGCAAUAAGGCCUUGAUACAAAUGAACAAAUCAAAUGAAUUGGCAGUAAUGUUUUGUUGGUACAUGUUUUACUGCCACAGCAUUGCCUUUGGGCUAACAUGUCACAGAGUUAUUAGCAUUGGUAAAUGAAUGUGGCCCAUUUAUUUUCUCUCUCUCUGCCACAAAUACAGACUCACACCAUUCAGGGUUGUUAUGUUGAUAUGUGGUUCUUGUGAGGCAUAAACCAGACUCAUAUCUCAGGUGUUUUGAUACUCAUUCAAUAUUAAACAACAUACUUUCCAUUAAUUUCCUUGAUAGGUUGAAUGUUAUAAAGUAUUUUUCUGUUAUAUUUUGCGGUACAGGUUGUACAAAUCUUUGGUUGGGCUUAUGGCUAAGGAGUCCUCUGUUACCUUUAUGCAGUAAGUCACAUGCACAUAGUGCCAUACUAAAGCCAUGUGGAUUUGUUGUUGUUUGACACCUCAUGGUUGUGCGCAUUAUUUAUGUGGCAUCUUGGUUUUAUUUAGCUUGUAAGACAAACACUGUCAAACAAUCAUUCUGGCAUAUGGAAGUCUAAUAGAAAGGUCACAUCAAACCAUGAUGUUAGCUUGACAAUUACUAAAAAUACAUUUGAAACGUAACCUAAAAUGUUUAGCUAGGUUUUUCACAUGUAUAUAGUCAAAUAAACUACAAUUUCUUUAAAUUCAUCUGGUUAAUCUUCAAGCUUCUCAUGUGUGUAACAAAACAUUUUUCUUAUAGCUCUGAAACCAAAACAUAUAUUUGACCACUCUUUAUGACAUCUGCAGCACUACUUCAAAGAAAGGAUUCGACUAUAAAUUGAGUGUUUCAUAGUGAACAGUUAGUAAAACAUUAUGCCCAUGAACAUGGUGGUUUGGAAUCUUUGGUUUUAUUAAUUUGGGGUUGUUUGGAGCAGUUACGCAAAUUAAACAAUUACCGACUUUCUUCACUCACAAUUAAGAAUCUUUUCUGUGCGGUGUAGGUAAUCGAGGGCCCUUGGAUAAUAGUCUUAGAUAUACUAAAUGAUCAACUUCAGGUAACAAUAUUUCACAUCAAAAUGGAUAUGUAGCAAUUGCUAAUGUUAGGGUUCUGUAUAUUAUGUUCUUACCCUUUCUCUGUCAACUUCUGUCUGCCGCUAUAUUCUCUACCCAUCUCUGUACCCACCCCUCUAUGUUUUCCUUUUUUUGUGUCAAUGAUCUACUGUCAGCUUUCAGCUUAGUGCCACACUACUGAUCACAGAAGCUACCAGACAGUGAAAUAAAUGGAGCA